AUGUCACUUAAAAAAUACCAAGAAGAAUUCAUCGAAUAUGCAAUAUCUCAAAAUAUUUUAAAUUUUGGUAAUUUUAAGCUAAAAUCCGGAAGAAUAAGUCCAUAUUUUUUUAAUGCUGGAAAUUUCGGUACUGGCAAAUCUUUAUCGACAAUAGGCACUGUUUACGCUUCUACUAUACAGGAUCAAAAAGAUCUAGAUUAUGAUGGAAUAUUUGGUCCAGCUUAUAAAGCCAUACCAUUGGUUUCAUCAACAGCCAUUGCGUUAUCAACCAAUUAUAACAAAGAUGUGCCUUAUUCGUUUAAUAGAAAAGAAAUCAAGGAUCAUGGAGAAGGUGGAAAUAUUGUUGGAUCGCUACUAAAAGGAAAAAUAUUGAUUAUUGAUGAUGUUAUAACUGCAGGCACCGCUAUCAGAGAGAGCCUUGAUAUUAUCAAAAAGAAUAAUGCUGUUGUGGUUGGAAUAGUAGUUGCAAUUGAUAGACAAGAGAUUGGAAUUGAUUCAGAAAAAUCAGCUGUACAACAGAUUGAACAAGAAUUUGGAAUUCCAGUCAUAUCAAUUGUUACUCUUGAGCAAAUUAUUGAAUAUCUUCAAGAAAAAGGUGGAUAUGAUGAUUAUUUAACGAAGGUGAAAGAAUAUCAAUUAGCCUACGGGAUCAAGAAAUAA